AUGGCCCCUUCACGAGUCACCUACCGUCGCCGGAACCCCUACAACACCACGUCUAACCUGACGCGGGUUGUCAAGACUCCCGGCGGCUCGCUGCGUGUGCUUCACAUCAAGAAGCGCGGUACUGCUCCCAAGUGCGGCGACUGCGGCGCCAAGCUCCCUGGUAUUCCUGCUCUCCGUCCUCACGAGUACGCCCAGAUUUCCAAGCCCAAGAAGACCGUCCAGCGCGCGUACGGUGGUUCGAGGUGCGGCAACUGCGUGCGGGACCGCAUCGUCCGGGCUUUCCUCAUUGAGGAGCAGAAGAUCGUCAAGAAGGUGCUGAAGGAGCAGAGCCAGGCCGAGAAGAAGAAAUAA